CCGAAGGAAAGAAUGGAAUAAUGGAUAGAAUAGGAACCAGUGGCACUAAUAGUGAUCGGAGAAAAGGGUACAUCGUAAGCGAAGCUGGCAGAGAAGCCAAACAGGAGUUAGGGAAUCUGAGUCCAGUCGGAUUUUGCCGAGGAGAAAUCCGUUCUCGCAAGGAUUCCUUUGAUAAAAGAGGAACGCUUAAAACUCACAAAGCAACCAUUCCAAAGAAAGGUCAAAUCAAGCUCACGGCCAUGGACUACGAGAUGGAAAACCCCACAUUCUAUGAUAAACCGACAGUCGAUGACCAAAACAUUGAAAAGAAACAGCGUAAAAGGCGACCGAGAACGGAAAGUCUUACCUAAUCAGCCGUCCUGAGAUCGUGGAUCAAAUCCGUGAAGGGGACAAGCGACUGACGGAGGAGAGGAUCAAAACUGCCCUGAGGAGGGCGAGGAUGGCCUAGCCUCCCACACUGUCCCGGGAUCUCACCUCUCUGCUGAACUUCACGGACCAUGUUCCUGGGAAGAAGGUAUCGUAUGGCAUAAACCAAGAAAUGCGGAUAGAUUCUUCUCCGCUUGCCCCACAAUGGCCUUAAGUU